GGAAAGGGCACUGGUGCGAAGAAGUCAGGCUCUGGUAUUGCCAAGGUUCUGAAUUUCGAUCCUAGCCCCAAGCACUACUUGGGUCUCGGCAACAAGACGAAGGCUACCGCUAGCCCUGAGGCCGCCUCUGCUAUGGCCAUCGACAAGCCCGACAUCGAGCGCGGCCCCUCGACUCCCCCUCCUGGCUUCCGCUAUGAGGAGGGCCACAGCAUCCAGACUCCUGGUCGCCCUCGCAGCGUCAAAACAGCUCCCACGGUCAUGUUUGCCGACACGGACAUCGAGGAAGACAACUCGCCGUCCACUCGUCAUCAGAUGAACCGUGUCCGUAUCGCGUCGGCCUCGAAGUCGGUCACGCUUGAGCGUCCCUCGGUUCAGCCCGCUGGCCCUCGACCCCUUGGCCCUGGGCCCGAAUAUUAUGAGCCCAUCAACACUGGUGUUCCGACUACCCCGACCAAGGCCAACGGCAAGCGAAGCCGCGGUCACCUCGACAAAACCCUUACACUCGCUGGCAGGGACGUAGCGAACAUGAAGGACAUCAUGGUCAACUUCGCUCUCGCUACUGACGAUGAGGUCGACGAUACGGUCAACGAGGAUGGCGAGGAUUGCGACGUCACGCCCAAGGCCUCAGUCCUCAACAGCCACAUGGACAUUGACGAGAACUAGUCUUGGUACCGAAUGGCUGCAAAGGAAGAGUGGUCUUUAGUUGUCUACUGAUUGAAAGUGGUUCUUGCUUUUCUUUCCCACUUGGGCACCGUGUUUCUUGGGCUUUUAUUCAAGGAAGAAAAGACUGAAUGAGACGAAGGAUAGGGGAGCGGCUGGUCGUCAGUUGACUGAUAGCCGUUUUGUGCAUAACUCGCCCAAGAAAGUAUCGCUUACGUUAGCGCCUCAAUCCUCAGUUAACUUGUUCACUUGAUCCGCUUAAGUCAAUAUC